GGUAGUCUUGUCAUCGAAGAUGGUGCGACACGGAGAGAGAUGCUUCCUGCACUGUCGGCUCCGUCACAGUAGAUUCCACCACUGAGAUAGAUACCUCAGAGCUCCCCUGUAUCCUGCUUUCCCCUGCCCUUCGCACGAAGCAGAAGCAGAGCACAACCGCCGCAGCACGACGACGAUGGCUUGCUUCUCUAUCUGCUCUCGCCUCCCCUCGCCGCGUCCUCCUCCUCCUCCUCCUCCCAAUCCCCCUCCGGCCAAAACCGUCCCCGCCUUCCUCGCGUUUCCUCGCGAAGCGCCGCCCGGGCGACCGGCUCUACCCGGAAACGCGUCGCCUUUCCGAAUCGCUUGUUCUUCCUCUUCUUCUUCUCCUUCUGGGGAUGCUUCCGGCGAUCAGAGCUCGAGCAAUUUCUGCAUCAUAGAAGGGCCCGAGACUGUGCAGGAUUUCGUGCAGAUGCAGUUGCAGGAAAUUCAAGACAACAUUAGGAGUAGGCGUAAUAAGAUUUUCCUUCUCAUGGAGGAGGUAAGGAGACUGCGAGUUCAGCAACGAACAAAGAGUGUGAAAGUCAUUAAUGAGAAUGGUGUGGAGGAAGCAGAUGAGAUGCCUGAUAUUCCAUCUUCCAUCCCUUUUCUCCCUCACAUGACACCGAAGACAUUGAGACAGCUCUACUUGACAAGCUUAUCAUUCAUAGGUGGAAUCAUCCUAUUUGGUGGUCUCAUCGCACCGACCCUGGAGCUGAAACUAGGUUUGGGAGGUACCUCAUAUGAAGAUUUUAUACGCAAUAUGCAUUUGCCUUUGCAGUUAAGUCAGGUCGAUCCUAUUGUAGCAUCUUUUUCUGGUGGCGCUGUUGGUGUCAUAUCAACCCUGAUGUUGAUUGAAGCUAAUAAUGUUGAGCGGCAAGAGAAGAAAAGGUGUAAAUAUUGCAAUGGAACAGGAUACUUGGCUUGUGCCAGAUGUUCGGCAAGUGGUGUAUGCUUGAGUGUGAACCCCAUUCUGGUAAAUGGUGCUACUGAUUGCCCUCUUCAAGUUCCCAAAACCGAGAGGUGUCCAAACUGCUCUGGGGCGGGGAAGGUCAUGUGCCCUACCUGCCUGUGCACGGGAAUGCUUAUGGCUAGUGAGCAUGACCCGCGGAUAGAUCCAUUUGACUAAACAGUUUGCCGACGCGGCAUGAUGUUAUGCGUUGUAGUAUAUCAAGAGCAUUCGGUUGUUUUCAUUGUAACUUUAUGUUUGUUUUACCGAAUUAAGGAAUAAAAUGGCGUUCCUUGGGUAGACCUACUUUUGGAGCCUCACCAAACGCUGGCAUUGCAAUGGAGGCCAAAAUGACGAUUUGGUCCGGCCGCAUUGUAUACUGAACAUAGCAUUACAUCGUCACAUAAUAGAAAAUGCAAGAAUUAAGACUUUUCAGUU